CUCUACAAGAAAGACUUUAGACCUUCCCUCAGAUCCUCUUUGAAGUUUUCCCAUUACACAUGCCCAUGUCGCGGAGACUUCACAAUGCAAAAUGAUGGCAAGACUUUCAAGAUUGAUCUAAGAAAUGCAUUGGCUUCGUUAACCUUGAACCGUGCGAGACGUUAUUUGUUAGAUCAUCUGCACUUUCACUGGGGAAGUAGCAAUGAGAUUGGUUCUGAACACCAGUUUGAAGGAAGAAGCUUUCCCGCUGAGCUUCACUUUGUACACUAUAACAUAAAGUUUCAAAAUUUAUCUGUCGCUAUUGAUCAACCUAAAGCUCUCGCUGUUCUUGGAGUUAUGAUCGAGGUUGGACGACGGAAUCCAGUAUUUGACAACUUUUUAAAGUACAUUCACAGAGUAAAGAAUAUAGGUACAAAAUUUAGGUUUCCGUCAUUCGACGUAAAAAACCUGCUACCAAAGGACACUGAGAGGUUCUACCGUUAUGAAGGUUCACUAACAACACCGCCAUGUUUUGAUAACGUUACCUGGACAGUUCUGUACACUCCUAUUGAAAUAUCACAACAACAGUUGGUACGUGGUACGCAGGGUUCUUAUUAA